AUGGCUCUUAGGGGUGUGCAGUUGGGCCUCAGAGCCUGGGAGUUCCUAUGGUCUCUCCUCAUCAUGGCGCUGGUCGGCAACAUGAUCGCCGAUGCAUUCUCCGGCAACCCAGCGACAGUGAACUACGCGAUUUUCGUCUCGGUCUUCUCCAUGUUCACAUUGUUCUACCUCGUCCCGGCCUCGUUCAACCUCGACUGGGCCGGCCACCCGAUCAUCAUGAUCGUCCUCGAUGCAUUGAACUGCAUCUUCUUCUUCUGCGCGGCUAUCGCCCUCGCCGCCAGGCUCGAGUCCCACUCCUGCACCAACCGGAGUUACCUCCGACACAAUGAGAUUACCAACGGCUCCCACAACAUGACCAAGCGCUGCCGCGAGGCCCAGGCUUCCACUGCGUUCCUCUGGUUCGGUUGGGCCGGCUACAUGGCUUCUGUCAUUGUCUCGGUCCUCAUGUCCCGUUCUGCCAAUGUGAACAUGCGCAGCCGCACUGGCAGUACCCGUCGUGGACCCAACAUGACUCAGGUCUAA